CAAAGUUCCAAACUUUUUAGGGUUUCAAUCUCUCUCUCCCUCUCUUCCUCUUUCUCUUUCAAAUCAAACGAGGAUGGGGAAGAAGAAAACGAAGGAGACGACGAAGGCUGAAGAAUCUCAAAACGAUGAGUCUCAGGCUCAAUCAGGGAUCUUCACCACUCUCUUCCCCGGCGAUGUGGCUGAAGGCGAAAGCGCUGGCUUUUCGAGUCUCUUCUCCGAUGAUAACCCUUUCCGGCGAAAGCAACCUGAGCCUAAACCAGAGGAAAACCCGAAUUCGAUUAGUCCCGAAUCGAAGAAAGGAAAUAAACGAAAUGUCGAUAACGAUGAAGAGGAAGAAACAGUUGCGCUCGUGAAGACGAAGAAAUCUAAAAAGGGGGAAAAACUGAAAUCUCCAAUUUCGGAUUCCGAGGGUGUUGAGAAAGAGACGAAUUCGGAUGUUGUAGAAAGUGGGUUGGAGACAAAGAGGAAGAAGAGGAAGAGAGAUGAGAUUGAGAACGAGUACGAGACGAAGAAGUACGGAAGCGUAGAGAAGAAGGAGAAGAAAGUUGGUGAGAAGAGGAAGAAAGCUGAUGAAAUAGCGGAUACGAUGGUUUCAAAGGAAGGAUUUGACGAUGAGAGCAAGCUUCUUAGAACUGUUUUCGUUGGGAAUCUGCCAUUGAAGGUUAAGAAGAAGCUAAUCUUGAAGGAGUUUAGUAAAUUCGGCAAGGUUGAAUCCGUGAGGAUACGGUCGGUGCCAAUUGUCGAUUCGAAGAGAACGAGGAAAGGAGCUAUAAUGUUGAAGCAACUUAAUGAGAAAGCUUCAAGUGUUCAUGCGUAUGUUGUGUUUGAAACAGAGCAAUCUGCUGAAGCUUCUCUGGCACUUAACAUGUCUCUGAUUGAUGGGAAUCAUAUCCGUGUUGAUCGAGCAUGUCCACCUCGUAAGAAACUGAAAGGUGAGGAUGCUCAUUUGUAUGAUACAAAGAGGACAGUCUUUAUGGGUAACCUCCCUUUUGAUGUGAAGGAUGAGGAGGUGUAUCAGUUGUUUACUGGUAAGAGCAAUCUAGAGAACAGUAUUGAAGCUGUUCGUGUUAUUAGAGAUCCUCACUUGAACAUUGGAAAAGGAAUAGCUUACGUCUUGUUUAAAACACGGGAAGCUGCAAAUCUGGUAAUCAAGAAAGGAUACUUGAAGCUUAGAGACAGAGAAUUACGUAUAUCUCGAGUCAAACCUGAUGCAACACCAUCAAAGAGAAAGAACAGUUCAUCUGAAGCUUAUUCGCCAGCUCAGAAAAGACAACAAAAAGACAAAGUAGUCACACCAGUUGCUACGGGGAAGGCUAAUCUUUCAUAUCAAGGUGUACGAGCAUCGAAAUCAGGUGAUGAUAAGAAGAAACCUUACCAGAAAAGCCCUGCGCAGUCAAAGAUGAGACCUAGAAGUAGCAGCAGCAGCAGCAAUGAAGGCAACAACAAAGCUGCUGGUAAUAAUAGUAGUGCAUUGAAGCAGCGUAGCCAGAAGCGACCAGCGGUUGCGGCAAGAAAAGCGAAAGCAAACGCAAAAGAGAGCGGUGGUGGUAAGCGAUUUGCAGGGACUAAGCGUAAACAAGAAAGCCGAACUCCUGAAAGCUUCUCCAAGAAGAAGAAACCAAAGCGGUUUUAGACCAUGGGGAUUCAAGUUAAAUUUGGAAAAUUGAUAUUGUCUUACUAAUAUCAAACUGUUAAAUUUUUAGCCUUUAUUUGGUGGUCAAAAAGAUUUACAUUUACUAUUAAACUUUUUAGCG